AGCUGUAGUCGAUGAAGAGCAUUUUAACAUAAUUCCCUUUCCUAGUGUCCAGGUGAGUAAGUGAUGUGUGGAGGAGAUGAGAGAUUGCAUCGUCUGUGGAACGGUUCUGGCGGUAUGCAAACUGUAGUAUCACUGAUUAAAUUAAAGCUGAUCAAUUUAUUUUUAGAAGGUGGCACGGAGGCUUGGUUGUUAGCACUUACACCUUGCACCUCCAUGGUCUGGGUUUGAUUCCCGUCUCUGUGUGCAUGGAGUUUGCAUGUUUUUCCCGUACUUGGUGGGUUUUCUUCAGGUGCUCCAGUUUCCUCCCACAGUCCAAAGACAUGCAGGUUAGAAUAAUUGGCAUUCCCAAAUUGCCAUUAGUGUUUAAAUGAACGUGAACCAGUGUGUGUGUGUGCCCUUCAAUGGAUUGGCAACCUGUCCAGGGUGUGCCCUGCGUCGUGCUCUAAGUCUCCUGGGAUAGGCUCCAGGCCCUCCGCAACCCUGUAUACAGGACAGACGAUAAGUCAGCUGACCCGAGUGUGCUCCACCACUGGAUAAGGCCUGAAGUAAAAUGGAGGCUACAUGCUGGGAUGUGAUGGUUUGGAUCCUCCAGUUGUGGUUGUGUGCAGUUUUGGGGCUCAUUGUGCUGCCUGCUAUGUUUGGGGUGUCACUGGGCUUCACCGAUGUCUACAUUAAACUGCUCGUCAAAACACUGGAGUGGGCCACUCGAAGGAUCCAAAGAGGGCGAAAAGAACAGAUUGAACUGCCAGCACAUCUCCCUAAUGGAAUCAUCCAAAAGGAUGACGGUUCUAUGGAAGACGAGAUAGGAGAACUGCGGCGCUUUCAUCCACAAGCUCUCAACGGGGGAGACUUUGCACUUUGUGAUGUCUUUUAUUUCUGCAAGAAGGGCAUAGAGAGCAUCGUAGAGGAUGAAGUCACUCAGCGAUUCACAUCAGAAGAGCUGGUUUCCUGGAACCUUCUGACUCGCACCAACAACAACUUCCACUACAUUAGUGUACGAGUCACCAUCAUGUGGGGUCUGGGCGUAUUUAUCCGUUACUGUGUCCUCCUGCCACUCAGGGUCACCUUGGCUUUUAUUGGACUGAGCUGGCUGGUGAUUGGCACAUCGCUUGUAGGUCUGCUACCCAGCAGCAGUGUGAAAGACUGGAUCAGUGAUCUGAUUCACAUUACAUGCUACAGGAUCUGUGCCAGAGGACUGUCAGCCACCAUCCGCUACCAUAAUAAAGAAAAUCGCCCGAAGAAAGGGGGAAUCUGUGUGGCAAACCACACCUCUCCAAUCGACAUCGUCAUUUUGGCCAAUGAUGGAUGUUAUGCCAUGGUAGGUCAGGUUCAUGGUGGGAUGAUGGGGGUAAUCCAGAGGGCAAUGGUGCGAUCCUGUCCACAUGUCUGGUUUGAGAGAUCGGAGAUGAAGGAUCGCCAUGCAGUGGCCAAAAGGCUGAGAGAUCAUGUUAAUGACAAAUCUAAGCUGCCCAUUCUUAUCUUUCCAGAGGGAACUUGCAUCAAUAACACAUCUGUCAUGAUGUUCAAAAAGGGAAGUUUUGAAAUUGGAGGGACGAUUUAUCCUGUAGCAAUAAAGUAUGACCCUCAGUUUGGAGAUGCCUUCUGGAACAGUGCAAAGUACAACAUGGUGAGCUACCUUCUCCGGAUGAUGUCCAGCUGGGCCAUAGUAUGUAACGUCUGGUACCUUCCACCUAUGACCCGCCAGGAUGGAGAGGAUGCUGUGCACUUUGCCAACAGAGUAAAAUCGGCUAUAGCGCAGCAGGGAGGCCUCAUUGAUCUGUCCUGGGACGGAGGCUUGAAGCGAGAGAAAGUAAAGCAGACGUAUAAAGAGGAGCAACAAAAGAUGUACAGCAGUAUGAUAGUGGGACAGGACUGAAAAAUAUACGGCCAAGUGGACUGGCUUAGAUAUAAUCACUACCAAUAGUCUGUUAAUAGCCACAGAAAACGGGCACUCAAAGACUGUGAUUUCUUAAGGCAUCAAAUACAAACAUACCAGGUCAAACCUCUGUAUCUGCAUUGCUUUUAAAAGAAUGCGCUCAACUGAAUAUAUGAAAUUCACCCUUUUUAUAAAAGUCAUUUGUAGUGGCUUAUUGAUUAGGCAAUGAUUUGAUUUUUAUAUAUUUUUUCUGCUAAUUAAAAGGAAGACACAACUUCAGCAACAGAUUGGCAGUAAAAAAAAAUCACACAUAAAAAUAUCACAAACUUUUUCUGAUUUGGAGGAAAGAUGGUAAAUUGAAUUUUAAUUUGUUUAAGAUAUUAAACAAAGUUGAACCACUAAACAACAUAUGCACAUCUUUAUGACAUCACUAAGGAAUGUGGGCUUGGGAAAGGGAUUUGGGUGAAAGAUUUUCACAGCUCUUUAUUUUUUAUUUUUUUUGCAUAGUCAACUUUAUUUGGUUCCUGUUACCGCCACAGAGCUUAUUUUCCUUACCGCACACCCUUACAUGUUUAAUUCUUGUUACACCACACCAGUUUGUAAGUUAUUUCUUUUUUUUUGUUUGUUAAAUCAUUAUGUAUUUCAACAUUGACUUAAAUU